AUGGACUACUUACCAGUGGUAGUUCAAGCUCAUCCCCCCUCUUCCUCGUUCAAGCACUCAUCGGAAGGAAAAUACUGGCGGUCCUUCAAAAACUCUGUUUUCUUCAAAGAAUAUGCACCCGUCACUUCAAUACAUUUCUCGCCUUCAAAACCACAUCGUUAUGCUGUGACCGCUGCCACUCGCGUUCAAGUAUACGCACCACGCACUCAAAAGGUCACCAAAACCAUUUCCAGAUUCAAGGAUAUCGCUCGCAGUGGAUGCAUUCGUGCAGAUGGCAAACUUCUUGUUGCCGGGGAUGAUACCGGCCUCAUACAAGUUUUUGACAUCAAUUCGCGUGCCAUACUUCGGACCUUCGACUCUCAUAAACAACCCGUGCACGUUACGAAAUUCUCGCUAUUAGCCCCCACACAAGUACUUUCUUGUUCCGAUGAUACAACUGCUAAAUUAUGGGACGUACCCUCACAAUCAUGCAUAUCCAGCUUUACCUCUCAUACGGACUAUGUUCGCUCUGGCCAAGCCUCCACCUCUAAUCCACAUUUAAUCUUAACUGGAUCGUACGAUUCCACAGUGCGCCUGUUCGAUACACGUUCGGGCAACUGUGAGCUUGUAAUGAGUGCUGGCGGGUCGGGAAGGGAAGGAAAUGUUCCCGUCGAGCAAGUCCUGAUGUUUCCCUCAGGUACCGUUGCCGUAUCCGCUGCUGGACCCAUCCUCCGGGUAUGGGACAUUGUUGCGGGUGGACGUUGCGUUCGAGCAUUGUCCAAUCAUCAAAAGACCGUCACGUCGUUGACGUUCGACUCGGGUGCUUCUCGGCUUCUUACCGGCAGUUUAGAUCAAAUGGUCAAAGUUUACGACGUCAGCACCUAUAAGGUGGUUCAUACCAUGAGGUAUCCAGCACCACUUCUCUGUCUAGCAAUAUCGCCUGAUGAGACUCAUAUUGCAGCUGGAAUGACAGACGGGACCCUAUCGGUUCGAAGGCGACAGCCAAAAGAGUCGGAGGCAAAUAAUGCUGCUGCUGUGGCCACAACCAUUCUCCAGUCUGGGACCUACGACUCUUUCCUCGGAAGCUCUUUAGGACAGGGUCAGCUGAAAGGCAAAGGAAAGGCAAAGCCCCUUGGGGAUGUGAACGAGUUGCGGAUUGAAAGUAGACGGUCAAGAAGGCUGAAGAACUAUGACAAGUUCUUGAAGAGUUUUAAAUAUUCAGCUGCUCUCGAUGCCGUUCUCAAAAAGAACGUCCCACCGACGAUAGCGUUUUCACUCAUACAAGAGUUGAUACAUCGAGACGGACUGCGAAUAGCAUUGUCGUACCGUGACGAUGUCAUGUUAGAACCUGUUCUCCGCCUUCUGGUGAGACAUACCACCGAUUCUCGUUUCGGGCAGAUGGUCUGCGAUGUCGCAUCGGUAGUCAUAGAGAUGUACACGCCAAUCCUUGGGCAGUCUCCCGUUAUCGACGGCCUCUUUAUACAAUUACGGAGGAAGGUGAUGGCUGAAAUACGUUUUCAGAAGGAAGUCCAACGGACCAAAGGGGCAUUAGACAUGGUCCUAGCAUUCGCAGCAUCCGCUACACCAGUGGUACGAUGA